AGAGCAUACUUUUUGGGCGCACGCCGUUAUCCUUCCAUCUCCUCUCCUCUCCUUUUCCCUCUCGUUCUGGACGGACCUGGAAAAACUGAUCCGUUUCUUUGGCAGCUGCAGCAGUCCUCGAUUGAUACCCCGGCGACCCAACGCCUCCUCCCCGUGCGGGUAGGGACUGGGUGUUUCACUUCUUAUCUCCUCCUGCCGGGCCUUGGGUCGGGUGAUGAGAGAUGGGGUUCUUGGCGUGCUUGUGCCGGUGUCCUCAGGAGGAGGAUGACGAGGAGAAGGAAGGGGAGCAGUUCAAGAUCAAUCACCAAGUCGCCUCAGUGGGUUUAUUCAAAAUCUUCAGAAAGUUGCCCGCUGAACACUGGGAGCAUUGUAGAUAUAGAAGGAACCCAAUCAAUCAGUAGACAUGAUGAAGCUAUCAUCUUCCCAUUACAUCAGCUUGCUGAUGCUACUAAAAACUUCAGGGAGGAUUGUCUUUUGGGGCGAGGAGGCUUUGGUUGUGUGUACAAGGCUACUCUUAGUGAUGGGCAGGUUGUUGCAGUAAAAAAACUUGAUCUAAAUGGGCUUCAGGGGAACAGAGAAUUCCUUGUGGAGGUUCUCAUGCUCAACCUCCUGCAUCACCCAAAUCUAGUCAAUUUGUUUGGAUACUGCGUUGAUGGUGAUCAGCGUUUGCUUGUCUAUGAGUAUAUGCCAUUGGGAUCUCUAGAAGACCAUCUGCAUGAUCUUGCACCUGAUCAAGAACCUCUAGAUUGGAAAACAAGGAUGAAGAUAGCUGCCGGUGCAGCUGCUGGUUUGGAAUACUUGCAUGAUAAGGCACAUCCUCCAGUCAUUUACCGAGAUAUUAAACCAUCAAACAUUCUUCUUGGUGAAGGGUAUCAUGCAAAGCUGUCUGACUUUGGACUUGCUAAGCUUGGUCCGGUUGGUGAUAAGACUCAUGUGACAACUCGUGUUAUGGGGACACAUGGUUAUUGUGCUCCUGAAUAUGCCUCAACUGGACAGCUAACAAUUAAGUCUGACAUCUAUAGUUUUGGUGUCGUGUUCCUUGAGCUAAUUACAGGGCGAAGACCACAUGAUAGUAAUCGGCCUCCCGAGGAACAAGACUUAGUUCCAUGGGCCUGUCCAUUGUUCAAAGAUCAAAGGAAAUUUCCCAGGAUGGCUGAUCCUUUGUUGCAUGGCCGCUAUCCAAGGAGGGGUUUAUAUCAGGCAUUGGCUAUUGCAGCAAUGUGUUUGCAGAAGAAAGCUAAAAACCGACCUCCCAUUAGGGAAGUUGCUGCUGCUCUCUCUUAUUUAGCCUCACAAACAUAUGAUAGGAAUAACACUGCUGCUCGUCGUAACCGUGCUGGGCCUUCGACAUCAAGGGUUUUGGACGAUCAAAUGAACCAGGACACCACAUUGCCUAGCCAGCAACCAGUUCAUUGCCGGAUGAAUCACAUCAUACCGGAAGUGAAGGAAACUUCCUGGAGUGGUUCAUAUCGUGCAGGAAGGGGUAGAGUUGCUCCAAAUGGCAUUGAUAGGGAGCGUGCACUAGCAGAUGCUAAUGUAUGGGCCGAGGCUUGGAGGCGCCAAGAGAAGGCAAGCAAAAUGCGGUAGCAACCAGAACAGAGUGGGACCUCUGUAGUAGUUUUGACAUGUCAUGAUAAAUAUGCUUACUUCACAUACAUUUUGAAAGGAAACUAUAGACUACAUUAAGGGUUGUUAGAAAAGAUAAGGAAUAAUUGCAGUGGAAGUGUAGAACUUCACCAGAGUGAGCGCUUCGAAGAUUUCACCGGUGGAGUGUAAUGUAUCCAGACUUGUCUUACUGCGUACAUGGAUUUAUAGACAAGCAUUGAUUAUAUUCAAUUGCUUGGGGAACUGUGUACAUGUAACAACCCCAUAAUAGACACAGUAGAGUAUGCAACCUUUGUGUAGUUCAAUGUUUUUGGAUGCAUAAUAUAGGAUCAACAUACAUGUAUGAAAUGGUAUGUGUUACAACAUAUAUAUUUUUGGAUGAUUCAUAUUAAAGCUUCA